UAUUUGUGUUUUUAAUUAAUCCUUAGCUUGGUUGUCUUUGUCUUAACACAAAGCUUCUCAACACCCAAAAUCAACAAGUAAACAGUUCGAACGGCCCUGGAAGCGGUAGGAGGGGAGUUCUCUUAAUGCUGUAAACUCUUUGUUUACAUGUUCGUUUCCAUGGUGACGGACAGUAGAGACACAGCGAGCAGAUUUGCUAGACUAAUGCUAACAAAACAGCUGUUUCAACAACAUAAUGGACGCUCGUGAAGAGACGGCAGAGGAGCCAAGUCUAUUUCCCACUGCUGUGUCGGAGGAGCAGCUGGAAGAGGCCAAAACAGAAAGCACCUCGAAGCCUCUUUAUGUCUCCAGUCAAGUUUUCCCGGCACCCGGAGAGAAACGGAUGCUGCAGGGGAGCCUCAUCAUUCAGAAGAGAGCCUCAGAGCAUUACAUGAAUGGAAAAGAGGCCAUGGAAAAGUGUCAGUAUGAGAAAGCUGUGAUCUGCUUCUCUAAAGGCAUCAACCUGCAGCCAGAACAGACUCAGCUGUACGUGAGCCGCGCCGAGGCCUAUCUGCAGCUAUGCGACUUUCAGUCAGCAGCAGCAUGCUUUAAACAGGCCUGCGUCCGACAGCCCCGAUCCUUCAGUGACCGCUUGGCCUUUGUUUACUAUCUCCAGGGCCAGUGUUUGUUUGAUCGAGGUCUUUUCCUGGAUGCAUUGGAAUCCUUCACUAAAGCUGCACAGGUCAAACCGGGCUGCAGGACCUCUGCAGUCAGAAGCCUGGCCUGUCUGACAGCUGCAGGGCAUCUCACUGACUGUCUGCAAGUGCUGAAUGACUGGAUAGCAUCGGAUGAACCCACCUCUGACCUCUAUGUCCUCAGAGCCAGACUCCACAAGCAGAUGAACCAGAACUCCCAGUGCUAUCGCGAUGUGCAGUCGGCGUUAUUGUUGAAGCCCAGCUGCCCAGAAGCAGAGGCGCUGCUGCUGCAGCUGCGUGAAGCGGGUGAAGGAGCCAGACGAGCGGCCGUGGGCAGAGCUUUGACUGGUCACCUGUCUGAGGCGCUCAGCUUGAUCAACCUGGCUCUGGGGAACUGCCCAGAGGACGGCCGCCUCUAUCUGUGCAGAGCGAUCCUGUACCGACGUCUACAAGACUUCUCAGCAGCCAUUGAAGAUCUGCUCCAGGCUGCGGAGCUGAGCGAGGCCGAGGAGGCCGUCAGACGCCAGGCAGAGGCUCCGGACGGAGGCGCCCAGCGUGGCUGGCUGCAGAAGGAAGCAGAGCUGCAGCUGGUUCUCACCUACAACGACCUGGCCGUGCAGUGCUUCGGCAGAGGCCUCUACGCUGAGGCCACAGUGCUGCUGAACAAGGCCGUGCAGGGGGAGAAGGGCCUGGCUGGCCUGUACCUGAACCGAGGGGAUUGUUUCUUCAGGCAGAGGGAGUGGUCCUUCGCUCUGGCUGACUACCAGCAGGCGGAGGAGAUGCUGCCUGGUGAACCCGCUGUCCGACUCCGCCUCGGCGUCGUCCACCACACGCUGGGCUCAUUAUAUUUUGAGGAAGGGCGUUUCCAUGAUGCAGCUGUCAUGUUUUCUGCGGCCGUCCGUCAAAACCCCACCGCCAGUCGCUACUAUGAGAACAGAUCGAAGGCCUUUCGAAAGGUCCUGAACUGGGAGAGAGCCCAACAGGACUUGAUCUGCACACUGAUCCUGGACCCCACCAACGAGGAGCUGCCUCCUAUGAUUAUGAGUCUGUUUCCUGGCAGCAGUGUGUCUGAUGUCUUGUCCAGUCCUGCAGCACAAACAGUCAGAGUUGAGCUGAUGGAAGCCGUCCGAGCCUUCAGUUCUGGCUCUGAUCAGCAGAGCAGCCUGUCACAGGACCCGUGUGAAGCCGGCCGGGGCCUGAAGCUGUGUGUAAACCAGCAGGAGCUGAUGAUGAGUCUGAAGAGCUUUGUGCAGGUUAGGGAGUCUCUGUCAUCUCUCCAUGAGCCGUGCACCACACUGACACCUGCCUCAGCUCACAGCAUCCACCACCAGAGUGAUCCACAGAGUGAUCCACAGAGUGAUCCACAGCGUGAUCCACAGCGUGAUCCACAGCGUGAUCCACAGAGUGAUCCACAGCGUGAUCCACAGCGUGAUCCACAGCAUGAUCCACAGAGUGAUCCACAGAGUGAUCCACAGACUGACCCAACGCAUUGAUCCACAGAGUGACCCACAUAGUGAUCCACGGAGUGAUCCACACAGUGAUCCACAGACUGACCCAACGCAUUGAUCCACACAAUGAGACAGACAGAACCAGGACAUACUACAAUAACUGGGAGUGGAGGCCACAUAUGAUAUCAGCAGACUGGAACCAUAGAAAAAACGUUGUCUAGACUGUGUUUGAUGCUCAUAUUACUAACUCAUGUCAUACUACUGUACAGUGAAAUUAGUCAGUAGAGCGGCCAGUGACAAACCUUCUACUGGUCCACUAGGUGGCAGCACAGACUGCUCUGUAAUACUAAUGUUCAUGUGUGACAGUGA